AUGUUUAGAUCAAUUAUUCGUAUUGCCCCACAGGCUGCUAAUUCUACAAUCACAAGAAGGGCUAUUCCUGCUUAUACCAACUUCCUACGUUUCUACUCUUCUUCAUUGAACAAAGAUGAAAUUACAACUAGAGUUAUCGAUGUUAUAAAGUCAUUUGACAAGACCGCUGCUUCAGCUAACAUCACUCUAGACACCGUUUUUUCUAAAGAUCUAGGCUUGGAUUCCUUAGAUACCGUUGAAUUAUUAGUUGCAGUUGAAGAAGAAUUUGACGUUGAGAUUCCGGAUAAGGUUGCCGAUGAAAUACAGUCCGUUGGUGACGCUGUAAAUUACAUUGCUUCUAAUCCAGAAUCUAACUAA